AUCUCUACGUAAAGACUACAUAAAAGAGAAGAACCAACCCAAACCAACCUCUCCUCAAAACAACCAAAGGUGGCCGGCAAUUUGGACUAAAAAUUCAAAACCUUCAUACCACCUCUUUUCUCUCUCCUACCAUAUCACCCAAAAACCCCUCUAAAUAAAAUUCAAAUUCUCUACUAAAACUCCUUUAUCAUGAACAACAAACAUAAAAUCUUCCUCUUUAUUUCCUCUCUUCUUUAACUAAUCUUUAUGGGUCAGUGUAACAAUGAAGCCACACAAAAAAUGACCCGACUUUGUCGUAAAAUUGUCCGGGUCAAGAUUAAAUGGCCCAAUAUUCUUGACCGGGUUGCCGUUAUUCGCCGGUUUUUCCGGUUUAUUUGGGACCGGAUUCUUGUUUGUUCUCGUUGUAAUAAUCAUAACUUUAGACCGCCCGGUUCAGCCCAUUACCGGCGGCUCGACCGGCCCAACUCACCGGAAACCGGCGACGAAGUUGAGGUAGAUGAUUUACGAAGUGGGUAUGAAAGUGAUUCUAAUUUGGUCAACCUCAAGAUUAGUUUGUUGGGUGAUUGCCAAACUGGCAAAACUAGCUUUGUUAUUAAAUAUGUAGGAGAUGAGCAACAAAGGAAAAGUUUGCAGAUGAAAGGGUUGAAUUUGAUGGAUAAAACAAUGGUUGUUAAAGGUGCUCGCAUUGCUUUUAGCAUUUGGGAUGUUGCAGGUGAUCAUGAUUCUCUGGAUCAUAUGCCAAUAGCUUGUAAAGAUGCAGUUGCAAUAUUGUUCAUGUUUGAUCUUACUAGCCGAUGUACCCUUAAUAGUGUAAUUGGGUGGUAUAGUCAAGCAAGGAAGUGGAAUCAGACAGCAAUUCCUAUACUGAUUGGCACCAAGUUUGAUGAUUUUGUUAGGCUUCCUCCAGAUUUACAGUGGACUAUUGUAACUCAGGCUAGAGCAUAUGCAAAGGCAAUGGACGCAACUCUUUUCUUCUCAAGUUCAACCCAUAACAUAAAUGUGAACAAGAUCUUCAAGUUCAUCAUGGCUAAACUCUUUGACUUGCCAUGGACUGUACAAAGGAAUCUCACCAUUGGAGAACCCAUCAUUGAUUUCUAGUGUAAUUUUUGUUUCUUGUGUUUUAUUCAACGUUCGCCGUCGUGGCAAGGUCGUCUUGUACAUAGCUCAUAGAAUCAUAGAUACAUGAACAACGAGGUAAAAAGAAAGCAAGUAGGAAAUGAAGCGAAAUGAGUUUUCCUUUGUGCUGCA